AUGGGGAGAGACGGUGAUAGAAAACGCAGAAACUAUUCAAGUAGUGAUGAUGAUCGAAGAAUACGAAAGAAAAGUUCUUCUAAGCGAAUCACAAAAGAAGAAAUCAAUGAGUAUUUAGCCAAAAAAGCUCAGAAAAAGUUAAUUAAAGUCGCGAAGAAACUGAAGACAGAAUCUGUUUCUGGUUAUGCUAACGAUUCGAAUCCAUUUAGUGAUUCUAAUCUAAAUGAGAAGUUUUUGUGGAAAAAGAAGAUACAAAAAUUGGUAUCUCAAGGUGAAUGUAUCGAUGAAAUUUCAGUUAAAUCUGAAAAGAGGAGAAUCAAACAAAGGAUGGCGGAGAUUGAGAAAGUAAAUAAGAGAAGGGAGGAAAGGGCUUUUGAAAAGGCACAACAUGAAGAAGAGAUGUCAAUGUUGGCUAGAGAACGUGAGAGAGCUGAGUCCCAGGACUGGGAGAAAAAGGAAGAAGAGUUUCAUUUUAAUCAAAGCAAGAUCAGAUCAGGAAUUCGAUUGCGCGAAGGCCGGAUUAAGCCUAUCGAUAUACUCUCCAAAUAUCUUGAUAAUUCAGAUGAUUUUGAGUUCGAGAUUGAUGAACCAUGCAUGGUGUUCCUGGGUUUGACGGUGAAGGAUAUCGAAGAGCUUCGCAUGGACAUAAAAAUGCAUCUAGAUUUGGACAGAGCAACACCUAGACAUGUAGAGUAUUGGGAUGCAUUACUGGUGGUUUGUGAUUGGGAACUAGCAGAAGCUCGAAAAAAGGAUGCUCUUGCUCGAGCUAGGGUACGUGGAAACCAACCACCUCCUGAGUUGCUUGCUGAAGAAAGGGGCAUACACUCAAGCAUCGAAGAAGAUGUGAAAAAACUCUUGCACGGUAAAACUUACAAAGAAUUACAAGUGUUACAGAUGCAGAUUGAGUCACAGAUGCGUUCUGGCACUGCCAAGGUAGUUGAGUACUGGGAGGCUGUUGUGAAACGACUUCAUAUAUUCAAGGCCAAGGCUUGUCUAAAAGAAAUUCACACCAAUCUGUUGCGGAGUUUGCAAAACCCCAUUAAGAGUGAAAAUAUUUUGGAAGAUGUGCAUGAUGAUCCAAAGCCGCAAGCUGAGGAGGAUAUCAUGCAUGAUGUGGAAGAUGCUGGGUCAUAUUCUCCGGACAAAGAGGCUGGAUCAUUUUCUCCAGAACUUGUGCAUGAUGAUGAAAACGAAGAAGCAAUUGACCCCGAAGAGGAUAGAAUUGAACUGGAACGUAAACGUCAGGCUGUCGGAAAAGAACAUAAAAGACGACGUCUAGAAGCAAUGGCAUCAAAACCAGCACCAGUGGACGAUAACUGGGAAUUGAAGGCCAAUAAAGUAAUGGGAGAUGUUGUGGAUGGAGAUGCAGUAUUUGGGUCGGGAGCUGAAGUAAACCUAGAUUCCCAGGUUUAUUGGUGGCAUGACAAAUACCGUCCCAGAAAACCAAAAUAUUUCAACCGUGUACAUACUGGAUAUGAGUGGAACAAGUACAACCAAACCCACUAUGAUCAUGACAACCCGCCUCCCAAGACUGUGCAAGGUUACAAGUUUAACAUAUUUUACCCAGACCUUGUAGACAAAACAAAAGCACCUGCUUACACCAUAGAAGAGGUGGAAGGCAGCAAUGGUGAGACAUGUCUUAUAUGGUUCCAUGCAGAACCCCCGUACGAGGACAUUGCAUUCAAGAUUGUUAAUAAAGAGUGGGAGUACUCACACAAGAAAGGUUUCAAGUGUACCUUUGAGAGAGGAAUUUUACAUGUCUACUUCAACUUCAUACGUUAUAGAUACCGCAGAUAA